GCCCUGAAACUCGUGCCUUGGAGUUGGGGCGGAUGCGGCGUCCUUUACUGGAGGGGAGUGCUGGGACUUGGUGGCAGAGCUGGGUGUUUGUGAGUCUUUGAUGUAGCCUCACAAGCUUUUCUGUGAGGGAGGGAGCAUGAUCACCUUCAUGAACAACUCUGACAGUGAGGAGGAGACCUGCAAUGAGAGGACGUCCCUGAUGUCAGCUGAGAGCCCCCUUGUACCUUCUUACCACGAUGGUGUGCAAGCACCUGAAACGGCUGAAACGCACACACACAGGAAACGGCACGUUGGCAGCAGUCACAGCUCCAACAAACCUGCAGAUGGCAACAUGUCUGACUCAGAAAGAGCUCCGGCAGAACCCAUUGCCCCAGAUAAUGAAGAGGAAGAGCUGACCUUAAAAUAUGGAGCAAAACAUGUGAUCAUGCUGUUUGUCCCCGUCACACUCUGCAUGGUUGUCGUUGUUGCGACCAUAAAGUCAGUGCGUUUCUAUACUGAAAAGGGUGGACAGCUGAUUUAUACCCCAUUUACCGAAGACACACCCUACGUAGGCCAACGUCUCUUGAACUCUGUGUUGAACACCAUCAUCAUGAUUAGUGUGAUAGUAGUGAUGACAAUCUUCUUGGUUUUGUUGUAUAAAUACCGGUGCUACAAGUUCAUUCAUGGCUGGCUGAUUCUCUCGUCUCUGAUGCUGCUCUUCUUGUUCACGUACAUCUAUCUUGGUGAAGUGCUAAAGACCUAUAAUGUGGCUAUGGAUUACCCUACCCUGUUCUUCAUCAUUUGGAAUUUUGGAGCUGUGGGGAUGAUUUGCAUCCACUGGAAGGGGCCCUUGCAGCUCCAGCAAGCCUAUCUCAUCAUGAUCAGUGCCUUGAUGGCUUUGGUCUUCAUUAAAUACCUGCCAGAAUGGUCAGCCUGGGUCAUUCUAGGAGCCAUCUCUGUUUAUGACUUAAUGGCUGUUCUGUGUCCAAAAGGACCACUUAGGAUGUUGGUGGAAACAGCACAAGAGAGGAAUGAGCCAAUAUUUCCUGCACUUAUUUAUUCCUCUGCUAUGAUGUGGACGGUAGGCAUGGCAAAACCAGAUCUGGCACAUAGAGGGUCUACUCAGCAAACAUGGGACCCAGCUGAUGUGCAAGAGAACCAUGACAGUUCUUCAUACACUGAGCCUGUAAUUCCAGAGAUGAGAAAUUCAGCGACAAACCAUCCAGUCACUUCUUCCUUGGAAGAAACAGAGGAGGAAGAAAGGUUUGUGCUUAACUCUUUUAUUGCUGGCUGUCUUCAAGAAAGCAUUACCUGCUCUCCCUAUCUCCAUCACUUUUGGCCUGAUCUUCUACUUCUCAACAGACAACCUUGUGCGACCUUUCAUGGACACACUUGCGUCUCACCAGUUGUAUAUUUAAAAAUGGAGGGGAGAAGGAAGAGAUGCCGAAGGGAUCCUCCUCGGAAAUCUUGCUGUGCAACAGGACAAUCUUAAAUGGAUGAAAUUCCUGCAAGUUUUACACUUAGUGCCAUAUACUUUUUCAGGAAAUUUUUAAAAGCAAAUCUGUGAGCCUCACUGAAACUUGACAGCCAGGCCUUUCAAAUGCCAGUGCUGAAAGUCCUCGCUGCGGCCUUGAUGCUAGAGCUGUUCACUUAGAGUUGAGACCCUCUAAGUUCAGUAUGGCUUUCUCCCAAGUCACUCUGCACAGGAUUGCAGACCUUGAGGUUCUUGGGCCUUUUUAAGCUGAUGUCAGAGCAGAACAGGAUUGGGUUUUGAUGAGAGUAUCUCUUGUCGCAUACAGACAGCAUGCCCACAGAGAGCUUAUCUUGGGACAUGAAUGAAAAGGUUGAAAGUUGUUUGCAGCUGUACUGGUCCAAAAUCCAAAAACAAGCCACAGGCCACAUAAUACCUUUAUUGAGAUGACGUAUAAUGAUAGAAGAGUGUGUGCGGCCUUUCGCUUUUGCCAGAACUCUUCCUCAGGCUAGAUGUUACAAUUUUUUUUAAAAGCUUUCUUUCAUAGCAUCUCUGUGAGCAUAGUAUUGGAGAUCUGCAAUCUCCCCCCCCCCCCGAAGGAAAUAAGACUGUGAACUGCGGUUAGUGUAAUGGCUCAUAGCGAGCUUGCAUGGGAGCUUCUUGCACACUUUAGGACACAACCGGCUGCUUUCCUGAUGUACCUUAUGGGAGCAAGCGAAUCACAGAGAAGAAGUAAAGUGUGAUAGGCCCCAGCGCCCAUGCCAAGUAGCAGCAUGUCAACCCAGUUUGCUUGGCACACACGUCUGGUUCUUUGGCCAAGGGGCUGGCAGUACCAGCUAUGGGUUGGUUCAUUCCCAGUGCAUCUCGUCAAGUACAUUCCUCAUAUCAUCUGUCUCCCCACCCUUUGUUUGCUAUCGUACCAAUAUCUUCCAGUAGACAGUACAAUGGGGCGGGGGGCAUUUGGGCCAGCAAGGUUGCCUCCCACUGGCAUGCAGCAUAUUUUUCAGUUCUUAGCAGAGGGCCCCGUGGAAAGAGGAAAAGCUGUCGUUAAUGGUGGAUUGCCCCACAGCUCCCUUUCUCCUCUGAUAAUGAGUCCAGAAACUGGCACACGCAUGGCGUCAUGUGUUGCCCUGUUUGGAGUGGGUUGGUAAGAGGAGAUGGAUGGAAGCUGUUGGGGAUCCCUAGCAGCUGGCCACGAGUCCCCUGGAGACCUAUGUCACAUUUUGCUUUGCAUGCCCUCUUUGACAAGAGCCAUCUGGAUCACUGCAAUAUAAUGAGAAUAUAUAUGAUAUUGCUUUGGUUUGUAUUCAUUUGGCGGGCGAUCCAUGUCCCAGGUCAGAAAAACUGGGGUGUGUGUAUACACAUAUGCAAGCAAUCUGUGCAUAAGUACGCAUGCAUAACAUGAUGUAUGAUCUGAAAGUACUUUGGAGAGAACUGGAGGUGCUGUUUUAUGACCUAAUUAUCUCUUGUGGCCUGGGGAUAGACUUGAUCAUGACACUGCAUAUUUGGUGGAUAGUAAUGCAUUAAAAGGCUUAGAUCACCAGCCUUAUGUGUGUGGAGGAAGGUGUGACUUGCUGUUCUUCAUGACAGAGAGAGGAUCACUGACUGGCUGAGAGUAUGAACCUUUUCCUUUUCACUCCCAGUGAGUGGGAAAUGGAGCGGUGGUGUCUACCCAACUGUUGUUGGGAGACAGAGGUAGGACUAAGUCUUGACAAGAAAUUUCUUAACUUACUAUAAUGUACUGUCUUAGAAUGGAAACACGUUGUCUUCGAGCACAUACAAUGUUUUAUUUUGUCAGGCCACAAAUUCCUUUUUGAUUCCACUGAUGAUCAUGUCAUUGUAUGCAUGUCUCUUCUGCUCAAAAUUGGCUGAAGAAAUGCAUUUUGGUUAUGAGGGGAAACUGUAAUAGAACUUGCUGCAUCAGCAUAUUUUCUUUCCCUCUCAGUAUUCAAAACAAUGAUCAUGCUUUUUGGAGAGUGGCUAUAAUAUUGAUAAAAUGUAAGCACCUGAGCCUACUGCUAGCCAUAGCAUGAAUUUGUGGUUAAAAACCAAAUCAGGACCCUAAAGGUUUGGGUUUCUUCACUCUAGGAGGAUGUGGCACAUGCAGUCUCUGUGCUAAACCUCAAAUAGCACAAUGAAAAAAAGACCUCUAAAACAUAGCUUUCUACUUUUGGAUUUACUCUUCUAACUUAUAUAAACCAUUUCCUCUCUGCUUCAUAAAUAAAUGCUAUAUGCUUCUUAGCCAAAAAUUCUUAGGUUUGAUUUUCCUAUUUUUUGCAAUGUUCAAAGUUGUUUUUUAAAUGUCUGGCUUAGAAAUACUGUGUAAAUAUUUAAUGUAAAAGUGAAUUAUUUUGGAAAUAUUAUCGUUUGUGUCCGAAUGUAUACAGCCGAUUCAAAGCUGAACCUCUACAUUAAUCUAAGUGAGUAAUAAUUGAUGCUCCAAAUAUUUCAAGGUUAGAAUGACUCUCAAAAUGCCUCCUCUCUUCUUGCCAGCAAAUACUUUGUUUCUCAUUUAGACAGCCUCCAUGGAUAUCUGUUGUCUUAGCUCCUGUUCUGAGAAGCGAUCUCCUUCCCAAAACCUCUGAGAAUUGUGUUCUCCUGUCCAAUUGAAAUUAAGGGUCUAAUAAACAGAUACAGCAAGAUCAGGGAACAAACCUCUGUCUUCUCUUGAGGACCCAUCUACUGGAAAGUCCAUCUGUGCAAGCCCCAAUGAAAUUAAUGUAACCGGGCUUGGAAAGGAAAGCUUCACUGUCGCUAGAUUUUUCUCCAGCUUCUUUUACGCAGCCCUGCUUUGCCUUUUAUUCUUUGGAGGUCUGUCUCCCAUUCAAAUAAUAGCCAGAGCCAACCCUGCUUAACUCCUGAGAUCUGAUGAGAUCAGGCUAGCCUGGGCUAUCCACGUCAGGGCACCUUGCACUUUGACCUAACAUAAACCAUGGUUUUAGUUUUUUUCAAAGAUAUUUUAAUGAAGUUUAAAUAUGCUGACAGUUGUGGACGCUUCCACUGUUUUCCUCCCCAAGUAAUCCUUUCCAACUCCAGGAAGGUUUAAACAUAUGCUGGAUUGAACCAGGCGUCUACCUAGUCCAGCACCUUGUGUCAUGCAGUGGCCAACCUGUUGUCCUGGAGAGCCUGGAAGUCUAUUCCGGGGGUCAUGGGUCCUGUAUAAUCUAACAACCACAUGGGUAGGGAGGCAUCUGUUCAUUUAAAAGAGCUGUUUCUCAGUGCUUCAGGAUCAAGAAUGAAGUGGUUCUUGAAAGUAUUCCAUAUUUGUUUAUUCUGUAGAAGGAAUGCUGGGCCAGACCAAAAUGUUCUGCUGCUUAUGGUAGAAAAAUCCAGAUGGCACUUCAUAAAUGUUAAUCCACACAAAAGAUUGUGUGGAUUAACAUUUAUGAAGUACAUAACUCCAGUUUGGAAGUACAACUCCAUGAAGUACGUAACUCCAGUUUAUGAAGUACAAAACUCCAGUUUAUGAAGUACAACUCUAUGAAGUACAUAACUCCAGUUUAUGAAGUACAUAACUCCGGUUUAUGAAGUACAUAACUCCAGUUUAUGAAGUACAACUCCAGUUUGGUGUAGUGGUUAAGUGCGCAGACUUUAAUCUGGGAGAACCGGG